GAAGCUCAACGAGCCUCUCUCAGUCAACCGGCCCCUCCCUAUACGUCUUCCUCUCAGACUCAUGCCUCAGCCGAGCCAGAGCCGCAGGCUGAGUCCCCAGAUCGCCACCAGGACCAGCAGAGUCACGACCAACCGCUACAGAAUGGCGUUAUGCCUACGGUAGCAGAUGUCCCUCCAUCCUCUGCUACACACAGCUCUGCUACAGAGACAGAAUCCUCGGCCCCUGAUCGACCGGCUGUAGAAACUCUUGCACCGGUCUCUUCUGAGACAACCGAGCAGUCAGUCAACACUCAGGUUGUCGAGGUCAUCGAAACCCCAUCAACGGAUGUUCCCGUUGUGAAUGGAGAGCCAGACACGAUGGAAACUGAUACCGCUGUAAAUGGCGGUCAGGCUCCAGUGGAUGGCCAGAUUCAGCCCCAAAACGAAAACACACCGGUCAACGGCACCACCGAACAACAAGAUCAGUCACAACCUCGAGAGAAUGAGGAACCAUCAGAGGACUCCUCGCCUUCUACCGCUUCUGACGGGUCAACAGACUCCAGUGAGUCAACUGAGCGAACGGGAGAAGACUACGACGAGGACGAGAAUGAUGAGCCGGCUUACUGGGCCGAGUACAAGGAGGAUACCUCCGUGGCAGAGGGAGACGAGCUCAAAGAGAUCGAAAGCGGGGAUGCCGAUCACAGUGCUCAUGAGUACGAUUACAUCGAAAAAUCAUUCUACCAUGAACUAGACGAUCCCGAGUACAAGCCGAUAGAGAAAGCCCGUAUAACGUGGAAGAUAACCGGAGUCCGGGGUACCAAGGAAAAGCCUAACAGAGCUACCAUCAUUCGGUCUCCACCGGCCUACAUCGGCGGAUACUACUGGACCCUAAAGUUCUUCCCUCGUGGAAACAGUGUGGGAUCACUCAGCGUUUAUCUCGAGUGUUCCCCAACACCACCAGUGCAGGACAAGGUAGUUCUCGAGACUGAAUUUAAAGUCCUCAAGGGCCCUCCAGAUGCGGUUUUGAGCGACCUGACCCCCGACCAAGAAUAUAAGCUGGCAGCCACUGUCGCUCCACCCAAGUCCACACAAUCCGAAGAAUCUUCUAGAAAGAGUCAAGAAAAGGACCAAGAGGAGCUUCCAGAGGCAGACAGCGAGGAAAAGAUAGAGGGUGAAUCGUCUUCCAAGCCGAGAUCGGACUUCCGUAUCUCGGCUCAAAUCGGAGUCGUUCUCUACAACCCAGAGGAACCACGAACAGGCUGGACUCAAUCCUCCUGCCACCAAUUCAACUCCCACAACUUCGACUGGGGUUGGACACACUUCCAUGGGCCCGGGCCAUGGAACACCAUCCAUCUCCGUCAACAUGGCCAGCGUCAGGCCCUUCUCCGCAAUGAUACUCUAUGUUUUGAUGCAUACAUCCGCCUGUUCGACGAUCCCACAAAAUCUUUGUGGUGGCAUUCAAGCGACUCGGAGCCAAUUUGGGACUCUUACUCCCUUGUUGGCCUCAGACCUAUGGGUGAUGUGUCGGUGAACUACUGCCAGCACACAGCAGGCUUAGUGCCAUGGCUUCUCCUAUCUCCGUUUAGAGAAAUGGUCAAGAGUAUCGAUGUUAUGAAGCAUAUCAACCAUAUAGCCGCUCGCCCAAAGCCGGUGUGUGAGGCACUGCAGGUUAUCGUACAUGAGAUGACUGCAGAGAACAUUGCUUCCGUACGCACCGAAGGAGUACUGAAGGGCCCUAAGGUAUCUACUCGAGGCCUCUGGAGAUGUAGUUGAAUUCUGGGAGCGCCUUAGACGAAGUCUACAGAUCGAACUUGCUGGCACUGAUGCCAUUGAGAAGCUGGCCUCCAUCUUUGACAGCCCCAAUGAUGACUCGAAGAUGUCAGACGAGUCAUUAAAUAUGCUUCCUCGUGAUUUUAACAGUCGCAUUCGUAUCACCUCCGAGAAUACUGAGAGCAUACAGUCCGGUGUCACAGAGUAUUUGAAGGCUCGAGAGGGCAAAUGGUCACUCCCUCCUGUCCUACAAAUUGAACUCUCACGUCAGAAAUUCGAUAAAAAGGCUCGUCAAUGGAAAUUCCUUGUCAACCGUGUACACCGUAACGAGGAACUUGAUCUCUCUAGCUUUGUUGACUCUGGGGUCCAGGGUAAAUACACAUUGUUCAGCUUCAUUGCUCACAAGGGCCAUCGGACAUCACGAUGGUAUUACCCCCUUGUUCGGCCCGCUGGUCAAGGAACCCAUUGGCUCGCUUUCAAGGGUGAAGACCCUUACCGAAUUGAGUGUCUGACUGCCAAAGCUGCCACAGAAAGUUAUGAAGGCCUUGAUAUUGCAGAGGUUGGCAACGGAGAGCCCGUCAACGCCGAGAUCGCAGUCGCAUUUAUCUACAUCCGCAAUGAUCUGCAGGACCAAUACUUGACUCCUAAGCUGGAGUCCUGGACCCCUUCGCCUGCAUGGCACCGUUAUAUGCAGGGCCUCUCUCCUGACAAAUCAGCCGUUGAGCCAGAGCAGCAAAUCCCAGUUGUCUUCUAUGGUAUAAACGGUGUGUCGAAAGAUACACGGAAUCCGGCGGCGGCAUAUGAUGUUAUUGACCAUCUAACUUCGGAAAAGGACACCAUAACAAUGACAGUUCCGGUAUCAAUGAAUGUCGGUGAAUUGAGAGCCAAGCUUGCGGCCCAACUCUCGACGGAUGAAAACCCAGUCGCUAACGAAAGAAUACGUAUGUGGACUAUUGGGGCACCACAUGAGGUCCGUUUGUUCAAUUUCAGCAUGGAGCCCCUAGUUUCUAUGGGCUUUCAGCUUUCAAGCCUUGGUUGGAAUGCUUUGCGCAUAUGGGUUCAAAUUUUGAAUGAGGAAGAUGUAAAAUACUUCUCCAUCCCCGAGUUUGUUACUCCACCACCUGUUCCCAAUGAAACAGAUAUGAAGGAGGAUUUGCCAGCUCCUCCAUCACAACCCCUCGUUGAAAACGAGGAGCAACCUCAGCCAGCUCAAGAGAUCCAGCCGUCCAGCCAGGAUGAAGAUGUCGAAAUGAAUGAUGCUAGCCCUGAGGAAGCACCUACCCAACCUAAUCAGAACCGGGAUGAACCUGAACAUCCUUCAGAACACAUCCCUAGUGCACCAGAACUGCCAGAACAUGAAAUGUCGGAUAAUGCCCCUGAGCAACCUGGGACUAAUGGCAUUGAACCCACCUCCGUUCCCGAAGCACAAACCGAUGAGCAAGCUGCAAACGAAGCUAUCAUUGCCUCAAUAAUAGCACAAGAUCUCGCACUCCUAGACCAGUCGCAGGAGAUGGACACAAGCGGCAGCUUUACAGAAGCAAACGGAAUUUCACCCCCUCCCCCUAUGAUCGAUGAAGAAGCCGCAGAUUCCCCAAGAAAUGAGGCUGAAGAAAGUAGAGAAGUCCAAGAACAUCACUCUGGCUCUGAAGACUCGCAGAUGGAAGGUUCUCCGAUUGUUGAAUCUCAAAACGACGCUCCUGAAGAAACAAAUGCUCAAACAAGCCAGGAGGAAGUCCAGAGAGAGGAACCCGUGAUUCUUGAGCCUCCGGUCACAAAAUCAGACCUUAUCCUGCCAUGCGACCAAGUGUACUACUUCGUCCAGGAAUUCGACGCUGACAAGCAGACUGUGGAAACCGUUGGUGCUUUCUUCGCGAGGUCAUCUUGCAAUGUUCGCGAGCAGGUCCGAAAGACACUGGGUCUGUCUGAAGAUCAGGGAUAUAACUUCUGGUCCCGCCGUAAGGCCGUGGCUUCGGUUCACAGCGUCUCGUCAAGCCACAAGUUUAGAGAUCUGAUAAACGACGUUGGAUGUAUCAUUUUUGGAAAAACCAUACCCAAGCGCCGGUAAGCAACAAGUAUAAGUUAUAAACUGAGUAGCAGGUACUAACAAAUUAUCUAAAUAGACAAACUGAACUUGUGGAGGAAGGCUGUUUCCUUACUCCAGACCGUCUCCUGGAAUAUCUCUGGGCCGUUGAUCGCCAACACCCAAAUAAAUCCUUCACUGGUAAAAAGACAAUAGAAGCCGUUCUAAAUGGUGAAUACUAUUCUGGUGACCUCUGCAAAGGUUACUACCACGGCAACGGAACUCACAUCUCCGAAACCGGUGACACGUACACCGGUGACUUCGUCCAAGGCCGUCGCCAGGGUACAGGUAUGAUCGAGCACAGCUCCGGUGACACUUACACCGGCGAUUGGUUCGAAGACCAACCACAUGGCCAAGGGACGUGGGUCGAACACAAGACCGGCAACAAAUACGUUGGCGGCUACCGUAACGGUAAACGCCACGGCAAGGGCGUCAGUUACUGGGAAGUAGCUGACGAGGAGAUGAACCUUUGCCAAAUCUGCUAUACCGAAGAACAGGACUCGCUAUUCUAUACCUGCGGACACGUGUGUGCCUGCGGAACAUGCGCGAGACAAGUCGAAAUUUGUCCCGUCUGCCGAGAGAAAGUCAUCAGCGUCGUGAAGAUUUUCAGAUGUUAAGAGAUGAUAUCUAUUCGCAUAUCAUAUACCAUAAACCAAAUACACCAAUACAACAUCCUACCACCCAUACAUGGACUGAGAAUUAAAAACCAUCUUCUCCCUUUUCCAACUCACCCCUAUAUCAACCUCAAUUUAAAAUCUCUAAUCUCUCCCUAGAUUAAAUGGUCUCUCUACUUGGCGUCCUGUCUUUUACCUGAGCCAAUUCCAGCAAGUUUACUCCCUUUUUUCUUUCUUUUUUCUACCUUUAAUCAUGACUUGAACGCUUAGUGUGGUGUUAGCCUCCACGAUUCCCUCCCAUUUUUUCUCCCCGAGUUUAGGCUGUGUUGAUCUUUUCCCACUAUCUUAACCCAAGUGCUGCUUUUACCCGUUCCACUCAUCUCUACCCUAACUCUACUAUCUUCUUCAAAUGUAUUCAGACCAAAGUACUCAUACCUUCUGGUGCCAUGUUGCUUUGCGGCUUCUCCCGGCGUAAAUUGUUUAUUUAGCCCCUGACGAUGACGAAAUAUUAGUUUGAAAUCCUUUCCUUCAUUUAACUAGCUAUGCUACACCGAUACUCAUUCGGGCCCGAAAUAGAAGUUUAUCUUUGCAAAAACCAAAAAGUCCAUUCUUGUUUUUAUCAUUUGCUAGAUGAGGUUGCUUGGAAAUCUAGAAGUGCUAAAAUAUCCUGGCCAUGGUAGCUGAACUUUGCGCCAAUGUUAAGACAAAAUGAUGGGUAGGUUUGGAGUGCAUAAGAAAAAUGUCAAGUAUAUCUGUCCAUCAGAGCCUUGAAUAAGGGAUCCUG